GCACUUACGGACCUUUAUGGCCGCCUGCCCAGUGCGGACGUGGCGCGCAUGACGGAGAUCUUGACAGGAUUGGCCCAUGGUGGAAGCAAGCUCAGCGCUUCCGACCACACAAUGCUCGCGCAAGCCAUCCGCCAACUGGAGGUUGAGGUUGCCACCAGCGUACAGAAGCUGUCGAGUUCGGCGUUUCAGCCUCGUGCUGAAAACCUCCACUCCCUGAGCACCACACCAAGCGGCUCGCCCCAGGGAAACAGCCCUUGCGACUCUUCAGAGGAGGAAGGCGGGCAAGGCGUCGCCUUGCCUUUGCCGCGCCGAAUCCCGGCCCGCCAGCGCCGUCCUACGCAACCGAAGCCAAACACCUAUGCCAACACUGGAGCUCGCUUCUCUCUGUGA